AUGAACACGCUUCAAAAAAUCGCCUAUAGAAGCAAGCAACAACCGCUAGUUCCACUUGGAACCCUUUUGACAACUGCCGCCGUGGUUCUUGCGGCAAAGUCUCUCAAGCAAGGAAGGAAAAAGGAUACGCAACGCUAUUUCAGAUACAGAGUUGGCUUUCAGGCGUUCACCUUGGUGGCCUUGGUUAUUGGUGGAAUGUACUACCAAAAGGAAUCAGCAGAACAGAAACAGACACGUGAAGAUAAAUUAAGAGAGAAGGCAAAAUUAAGGGAACAAUUGUGGAUUGAAGAAUUAGAGCGUAGAGAUCAGCUCAUCAAGGCCAGAAAGCAAAGAUUGGAGGAAUCUAAGAAAGAGUUGAUGAAAGUGGCACAAGAAGGCUUCGAGCAGGAGAGAGAAAGAGAGUUAAAGAAAGAGGAUAAAUAG